UAAAAACAACAAUAAGAAUAUCAACAUUUUAACAUUCCAGUUUUGUAAGAUUAAUUUUGGAAUUUUAUGCAGAAGUCUGGUAAAUAAAAGACUUAGAUUUUGCUAGCAAAAUAGUUUCACACACAUACUACGUAGAUUUUAUCAGUCACCUGCAUUUUAAGCAUUUGAAAUGUACUAGUGUCUUUAUGUAGCAUGGAGUAUAGUGGCCUCUACUGGAAACCAGAAAAAUAAUAAUAGAAUACAAAAUACAAAAAAAAAAAGAAAUGUUGAAGGUACAAGGCUUAACUUUAAUACAUUUACUUUUGUGAACUUUGUCAGGAUAAUUAUCACAUUAAUAAUAUAAUAUCCAAGUAUUUAGACUUGUAGACAUGGAAACUAAAAACACACGUCCAAAACAAUUCAGCAAUGAAGGAGACCAAGCCUAUUGCUGUAUUAAUGACGUAAGCUAUGAAAAAAAGUGCCUCUAAAACAAAUAUUAUGUCAAAGCAAAAACAUUUUAUGAUGAUUAUGAGUGUUUUUGUAUGGUGUCAGACAAGGAGGAAACAAAUUCAUAUUCACUCUUAGCAAAAAACUGAAACCCUAAAAACAUAAAUAUUAACACAUUGUUUAGAAGUGAGGAGUAAAGUGAGACAUGCUGUAAGUAAAGCACUAGAGAGGGAGGGGUCUUUUUCACUGUCCGUGGAGGAGCUGCCUGACUUGUUAGUCCUGUCUACCUCAGCUUUCACUGUGGCUAGUGCAGCUGUGAACUCAGACUACAUCUCAGCACGCGUCAUUCAUCACAUCGAGCACGGAGUUAUCAAGAAGAGGAGAAUGGACAGAUUGCAUGGAGAGGGUGCAGCUCUGAAUAAAUUGGGCAACAUAGAGGCACUGACAAGCCCUUCUGGAAAAGUAUAUCGCCCUAUCAACAUAAAUCACUAUGCCACUAAGAAGAGUGCAGCUCAGAGCAUGCUGGACGUUGCCUUACUGAUGGCCAACUCAUCCCAGCUGAAGACCGUUCUCUAUGUGGGGCCUCAGUACCGUUUCUACAUCCCCCUCAUUGUCCUGCUGUCUCUGUCCAUCACAUUACAGGUCAUGGUUGGGCUGCUGCUAAUCUUUAUUGCAGUGAAGUACGAUCUGAAUGAUGUGAGGAAACACGCCAAGCUGAACAGGAUGAACAACAUAGCAACAGUCUGUGUCUUCUUCACAGUCCUCAUCAACAUCUUCAUCACAGCACUCGGCUUUGAGGGACAUACUAUCAGGUCAUCAUCACCUGUGAUAGCAGUAUCAGAGCCUCAGCUCUUCCCUCUGCCCGUCGACCUUAAUAUAACGGGUGGCGUUUAGACCAGACCAAAAUAAGACAUCUCCUUGUUCACAUCAUCUUAGCCUUGACAUCUACAGACCUGUCAUGGGACAGCUACCGUUGUGUAACUUCUGUAUAAGCUCCCUGGUCAACUGAUGACUGGUAUGGCCAUAGAUUCACCAGCUGGAACAAACCUUUAAUUCCAGAAUGGAUUUAAUAGGUAUACCAUCACAUUAGUGAUGAGAGACUUUUGCUGAAGAAUCACCAAGUAAAACUUCAUUCUCAGUGAACAUCAACUAAUCUUCAACUCAGGAUCACAGCUGUUAAAUUCAACUGAACCAGACUGACUGCCAAAAAGCCUCAGUUUGAAUGCAUUACCACUACGGUGAGUUGACCUCUGACCUUUGUAGCGUUGAUCUAAUCUGUAUCUAUCAAUUUUUUGCCAAUAUAUAUAUAUAUAUAUAUAUAUAUAUAU